AUGCCAGCGUGCGUGUCUCCCCCCCUUCAGGAACUUGCAAAGGUGGACGAUGCUUCUAGAAGCGAGGCCGCCCAAGGUGUCCGAAAUUAUGACACGGUGACUGAACGGCGUUCAGCUCAGAUGCUCGAAACGAAGGCGCAACGCCAUUGCAAGGCGUUGUCUCCAUUCACAUCGCGGUCGCCCAGCACGCUGGCUGCUCCGGAACCCUCGGGGCCGACGGGCGGUGCUCCUCUUCAGUUGAAUUUGGACGGCGUAGACGGCGAGGCUGUACAGCGCCUCUCUGCAGUGGAAGACACGGCGAGACUGGUGGAGGAGCGCGAAAGAGAACAGACGAGACAGAGAGACGGCAACAUGGACCGCACGCUGUUACCAGACUCUCCCUUCGCGUCCGGACUCCAUACGCGGUGCCCGUCCAGGGAGAGCCUCGGCAGUGCGAGUGAAGAAGACAAAACGAUGCAGCUUUCUCCGGAAACGGGGCAGAUCCGGAAGGGCCCCAACGCUGGCAACUGUUCUGAGACGCCGCAGAAACGCGAGGCAAAACUGCGAAGAACCAGCGGUGAUAGGUGGCCGGAGAAAUUUCAAGGAGAUCGAGUCUCAGGACGGUGUGAGAGGCGAGAACCGCUGGAGCCGCACCAAACUUCUGUUUUGCACGUUGCCUCAAAGACCCCAGCCCUCCGCCACACGCGCGGCUCUGGGGAGGCAGACCGAGGCGACGGACGCCUCCAAACCCCGCAGCACUUUGACGCCGUGGACACAGCGGACUCGACUCCUCGUCGCUUUGCUUACUGUGUAUCUGGCCAUUCGGGUUCCCCGACAAUCCGCUCGUCUGCCGCUUCACCCAAAUUGCCUGUUUGGUCAGCUCGUUUGUCCUCGACUGGCCGCUCGCCAGCUUCUGCCUUGCUCGAUGCCGACCGGCUCUCCACGGGCAAGGGCCGUUCGGAGGGAACUGACUGCAUGCAGACGCUCGCUGCGCUCAGAAGUCGCGGCGGACGGGGCCCGACGGGCGCGACGAGGCCGUCUAGACAGCGCGCUGCUCCGCAGGCUUCGUACGCGGAAGACGGCGAUCUGCAGGUGUCGGAAGCAGCGAGUCAGCAGGGCGCCCCGGCUGCGGGCUCGUGGGAAGGCAGUGAGACACAGCCGUCAGACGCCAACGGAUUUGGACUCACCGACGAAGAGAGCUGUGAACAGUCACCGGAACCGCCCAGCGUGGAGCCGACUCCCGAACGGCGCCGCACGCCGGAGAAGAGAAAUGACGUGGGCGACAGAAGCAGGGAUUCGAUGGCCACCUCGGUCGCGUCGUCCACCAGUGCUUCCGAGACCUUCGCCUCCGAUUUGAAAGACGCCGCGGAGGGCGAGGAAACCGACUUGGACGGCGACGAGGAAGAACAGCUGCGAGCGCAGCUGGUGCGACUUCAGCAGCGCCUGCUGGAGGUCCAGCGAAGACAGCACAGCCACGCAGAAAGCAAGUGCCGGGAGGCGCCGGCGCCCAGAGACCCGAUGAGGUCUAGGGAUCGCCUCCUGGCUGAGGGCGACUGUGGAGACUCGGAGGCUCAGGCGGCGUCUUGCAGGACCAGCGUGAGCACUGCCGACGGCAGCAGAGAGAGCGCGGCGAGCAGCCCUGGCGGGAAAGAAAACAUCCGCAGCUGCCAGACUGUGCCUUCUUGCGAGCCUCUGCCAGAGAAUCUCCGAGGCGGAGCAGCAUUCGCUGCGGAUCCACUCUCGGCACUCAGCAGGUCUUUGUACCGUACCGUGCUUCAGGGUGGCGGGGCAAACGCCACGGAGAGAACGGGAGCAGACGAGCGAGCAAACCACGCUGCCCGGUGUCUCGGCUUUCAGGCGGUAGGAAAGGAAAAUGAGGCUCAGCGUGGCCGACCUGAAAGCUCUGUCGAAGGAAUGACAACCCGCUUCAGGUUCGGCGCCGCAGCUGAGCUCUGCAAAAAGCGGAAACACGGAGACACCUACGUCCCUCCUCGAACGGAGUUUCACGCCGACGGGGAGCGCGAACUCCCCGUCUUUGCCCUGCUCUCCACGCUGGCGACUGGCCGCGACCACGCCGACGGCUCCGGCUCGAUGCAGGACAGGCGGCUGUCGCGCCUCGUCUCUUCCCUGACUCGGUCCGAGUCGGCGAAAACCGGCCAAGCGGAUGCUGCGCAGUUGCUGCUGCAACUGCUCGCAGCGCCGUCGACUUCCGGACCGGACCGCGCGGCGCACCGGUGGCCCUCCGGGACGGCCGAUUCGCCUGGCGCCUUCGCGUCAAACGUGUAUCAUGGAGUCGGAAGAGGCGACCUGGACACUUCGGCUCCGGCCGCGCUCUGGUCUAGAUCCCCUGCACAGACGAACGCGCUACGUUUGGAACGGGCCGGCUUUCGCGCCUCGUUGCUGAACCUUUUAGAGUCCACCCUCGCUCGCGCGGCUGCGGACAGCCCCGGGACGGGGAACGCACCGCCCGCGAGUGAGGAAUGGCGCGUGAACGGGCGCGGCGACUACAGCGGCGUUCAAGGGAGUUUUCCGGCUGGAGGGAGCAACGGCUUCUCUCUGCCUGCAGCUUGCGAAGCGAUGCACGCUUCGCGUUUCCGACGCGCCGCUGCGUUUCUCGAGAGGCCGGCCUACAAAGCGAGCGGCGCGGAGUCCGGCUGCGAUGUCCUGGGGAGGGGCGCGGUCCAGAAUCACAGCUCUGCGGGCUCUCCAGGCGUGGGGCUCGCUGGCGUCGCCCGGCCCUUCGCGGGGGUCGGCUGCGGCUUUGGCGACGUGCCACAGGCGUCGGACUCUGAGGGAGCAGCUGGCGGCGCCCGCGGAGAAAUCCGGCUUGGCGACGCGGGACUGCGCAGUCCACUGCCUUACUGCCGUGUGGGCCCCGAAGAGACGGUGGCGCUCCGUCCGGCGGGAGAAGGGAGAUUCGGUGACAAAGAGCUUGGCCUCCCGAUCCGGGAGAAUGGAGGCCUUGCGGCUGACGGCGCACGACAGGCUGCCCUGAGUGACGAAAGAGCUUCAGGGAGGGACUUCGGUUCGGACGUGGCGCUGGGUCCGUGGACAGAUGGUCCCGAAGACGGCCCGUUCCGCGCUGUCCGGGGAGUGUAUUUCGACGUCACCAACCAGGCGUGGGCAGCCAACAUGCGAGUGAAUGGAAAGGUCCAGAAGAAGAGUUUCUCUCUCAAACGCUACGGGAAAAGUGCCCGCCAGCGCGCCAUCCAGGCUCGACGGGAAAUGGAGAGAGAGUUCGGACGGUCCGUGUCGCACAUUGUGCGUGCCUCAAAUUUUUUUGACAUCGCUCGAGGCAUACCAGAAGAGGACACUUACGCCGAAAGACCGGCCAAUCAGGCGCGGGGGUUUGAGCCACAGAAGAUGUGCGUACAGGGCGACCGGGAGCUAGGGCGAGCGACUCCCAAGAGCCCCUCGUUUGGGUCGUGCCCAAGCGAGGCUUCACUAGCCGCUCGGGCGCUGCUGCAACACAUGCAACAGGACAGUGCCGCACGCGCGGCGGAAGGCCCAGGACAAGCUGGAAGCUUCUUGUACCCGCACGCCGUAGCGACCCGCCUCCUGACGCUGUCCAGACUCUCUCAGCCAGACAGCGCAGUGCACGGGACCGAGCGCCCAGCGUGA